UGUACCUCGUCAUCGUUAAGUGGUAACUUCUGAAGGGCGGGUUUGCACAUCUCAGACCCACCCUGGGUGGGGUACAGUCCGGCCCUGCCUCUAACAGAGCCUAUAGACCUGUGAGGGGGCUGGCAUGGUAGAUGUAGCCCAGAUUUAACCCUAUGUAUUUUUUCUCUAGUCUCUAUUUCUUCUCAUUUCGUCCAUCCCUCCCUCACCCCCGUUCAAAAAAAAAAAAAAAAAAAAAAAAAAACGUUAAGGUGGAAAACUACCGUUCACCUCAGCGAGAACCUUUGGGCUGUGACAGGGCGGCGCGAGCCGCCCCUGCUCCGUCCGCCGUCCCGCGCCCGGGGCGGGUGCAGAGCCGGGUGCAGCCUCCCCUGAGCGGGAUAAAACCGGCGCUCGCUCCCUCUCUCCCCAUUCCCUCCGCGCUUUUGCUGCUGCCGCUGGGUCCUGCCCUCGCUCGCGGUGCCUGGGAGCCGCUGGAGGCAUAUAGGCCAUAAACUUGGGCAUGGAGCUACCUUAGCAGAUCCUGUGAUGCUUGUGGGAAUCACUGGUUCCUUGAACAUAAAUGACUUUAUUCAAAAGAACUUAAUAGGAAAGUCUAGGGAGCUGUCUCUGCUAACACGAGGAAGCAGCACUUUUUCCAUAUGGAAAACCUAAUUUUUAAUAAAAGUGCCAGCUAUGAAUGUACCAGUACAGGCUGUGGCAGUGUGGGGCAAAAUUGCUCCAUCUCACAGCAUCACUGCUAUUAUGAUUACAGAUGACCAGCAGACUAUUGUUACAGGAAGUCAAGAGGGACAAAUAUGUCUCUGGGAUCUUUCAGCAGAUUUAAAGAUUUCAUCUAAAGAAAUUCUCUUUGGCCAUACUGCUUCUGUAACUUGUUUGGCAAAAGCAAGAGAAUUUGAGAAACAACCAUAUGUAGUAAGUGCUACUGAAAAUGGGGAGAUGUGUGUUUGGAAUGUCACUAGUGGACAGUGCAUUGAGAACGCAAAGCUUCCUUAUAGGCACACAGCAAUCUAUUACUACCAUUGCUCAUUCCGAAUGACAGGUGAAGGCUGGCUUCUUUGUUGUGGAGAAUAUCAAGAUGUUCUUAUUAUUGAUGCUAAAACUUUGGGUGUUCUACACAUUUUGUCUUCUCAGUCUUCUGAUUGGAUAAAUUGUAUGUGUAUUGUUCACUCUGCAAGAAUUCAAGAAGACUCAUUGGUUGCGGUGUCUAUAACUGGAGUUCUUAAAGUAUGGGAGCUAUCUUCAUCUCUGACUAGCAUACAGGAGAGGCAAGGUGUAUGUGAAAAGGAAUCAAAAUCUCUGGACUGUUUAAACUGUCAAGCAAUACGGUUUUGCACUUACACAGAAAGGCUCCUUCUAGUUGUGACCUCUGUAUGCUGGCAGGUUUAUGAUUAUUGUGAUUUCUCCUUGCUGUGUACUGAGUUCAGUAAAAGUGGUCAGUGCUUUGCUGGUGGUGAAGUACUAGCAGCUUACAGACUUAUCAUCUGGACAGAAGAUGGUUACAGUUACAUCUACCAGCUGCUAAACAGUGGGCUUUCUAAAAGCAUAUAUCCUGCAGAUGGGAAGGUGCUGAAAGAAACUGUUUAUCCUCAUUUACUCUGCUUUACUGGUCUGAAGGAAAAUAAGAGUUUCCCUUUUGUUAUGGGCUUUCUGAAUGAAAGGAAGGAGCCUUUUUAUAAGAUUCUUUUUUCUGGUGAAGCUUCAGGAAGAAUCACUUUGUGGCAUGUUCCUGAUGUCCCUGCAUCAAUGUUUGAUGGUUCACCAAAAGAGAUCCCAAUUGCAGCAAUAUGGAGUCUUCAGGAUAACUUUGAUAAAAAUCUUUCCAUGUCAGAGGGCAUUAUUGAUCAUCUUUGUGCAUCUAAAUAUGGAACUGAAAGUGCAGUCGUGACUUCCUCUGUGUACAUACCCAAUCUUGAUAAGCUUGUCUGUGGCUGUGAAAAUGGGGAAAUUUUUGUAACACUAGGCUUAAAAACAGCAAGAGCAAGACUUUUAGAAAACGUGUCUUUGAAAGGUAAUCUAUCACAUAAAGUUUUGAAUGGUCAUAGUAGCAGAGUCACAUGUUUACUUUAUCCACAUGAUAAAUCAGUCAGGUUUGAUCCAAGCUGGCUGCUAUCAGGGGGACAGGAUUCUGUUGUGAUCUGCUGGAAUAUAUUUACUGGAGAAAUCUUGCACCAAUUUAUUCUGCAAGCUGGUCCAGUGACAGAGCUAUUGCGAUCUCCAGGAAACUUCAAUUUUAAAGAUCACAGCAUAGUGUGCUGUGUGUGCAAUGAUCACUCAGUAGCUAUUCUACACCUUCAGAAGAGAGAGUGUCUCCUACAUGCCAGAAAGCAUCUGUUUCCUGUGAAGAAGAUCAAAUUCAACCCUGUUGAAAAUCUGCUAAUUGUUGGAUGUGAAGAUGAUUCAGUGUACGUUUGGGAAAUUGAAACAGGCACACUGGAACGGCAUGAAACAGGUGAAAUUGCAAAAGCAAUUCUUUCUUCCAUUGAAGAUUCAAAAUACUUAGUGGCAGAUGUUCUACUUCCUAUAUCUCAAGAGUCAAAAAGAAAUAAAAAUCCUGAAUACAAAUCCUCUAGCUCUUAUAAGCUUGGCACAGUCUCUUAUAAUCUUACUCAUACAGAAAAAUCUUCAGAUAAGAAAAUGGAUAACAGCCUCAUUCGACAGCCCUUUACUGUUUUACCAGUUAAGACAAAAUGGAGCAGUGCAAACUUUCAUAUUCUCUUAUUUGAUCUGGAAAAACUUGUGGAACUUCUGCUGUCAUCUCAACUCUGUGGAUUAAAGUCAUCAAAUUCAUUCCAUAACCUUGACACUACAGGAAGAGCCAAAAGUACUACUGAGAAAAGGGCACUGACAUUAAAAAGAAAUAAAACUGCUGGUUCCAUAUCAACGGUGGAUGGGCAAGUAGAUGCUGUUUGUGCAAAUCAAGUCAGUGGGGAUACUAAUGCAGUUAGAUCUUUGGAAGAAAGUAGCGGCAUAAAAAUACAGAAAAAAAUGAAGAGUUCAAGAAAGAUCAGAAUGCAGUCAUCAGGAAACAUUGACGUGGACAUCGCCACAGAUACAGCUAAACUGCUUUUGUCAUGUCUCUUACCCUGGGGUGUAGAUAAAGAAAUAGACAAUCUUUGUGUAAGACACCUAGAUAUCUUACGGCUCCAGUGUCCAGUUUCUUUUGGACUUGUGUCAAAUGAAAAUCAUGUAUCACUGAUGUUGCCAGGAUGGAAGUGUACUGAUUGUGGUAUGCUAGAAGAAUACACAUUAAGUAACUUAUUUUCAAAGAGAGUGUUUGAUUUAUCAAACAAAUACCUUGCUGCAACUGAAGGACCAACUGAAAAGAAGGAUGGACCAAUGAAUAAUGCUUAUGGAGCAAAGGGAUCAGAAACAGUACUUUUCUUAUUUAACAGAAUAGCUUUGAUCAACAGGAUAAUUAGCAUGCCUUCAGCAGAUACAAGUGAAAUUGAAAGUCCACAUCAAUCAGAAUCUGUACAUGACAAAUGGCGAAAUAUGGAAGCAGCCAUGUCGUCGUUUUCCAGUUUUUAUGGAGAGUUAUCAAGCAAAACAAGUAAACACCAUUCCCCUGACUUUAGGAGAGUUUCACUGCUGAAACUCAUUUGUUGUUGGAGCGACCAAUCUAUAAAGAUUAUUGAGGCACUGCAAGCGGUGCUGUUGGCAGAAGUUCAAAGGACUAUGAAAACCUUGAGAAAGACAGCAGUCUACAGAGAACCAUUGGCCAUAGUAGAGAAUGGAAAUGUUAGUGCGCUGAAGCAUGACAAGAGCUCAAACUCAGCAAACUUCCAAGAUGUGGAGGAUGUGCCUGACAGAUGUGUCUUGGAAGAGUCUGAGAGUCCAGAUGAUAUGAAGGCACAUCCAUGGAUAUCUAAGGUGUGCUCCUGUAAGGUCUGUUAGAAAAACCCUACUUAGCUGAAAGAAUGAGAAGAUCCCAAAGAGCAGCCAAGAAAUAGGAUAUACAUGGCGUGGACAUGGAGCAGCUUGCUGUAGCUAUUAUUUUAUACCUUUAAUAAUUAAUUUUCAGAAGAAAUAUCUUUCAUGAGAUCAGCUACUUUUUGCUAAUUUAUUGACUUCUAUUCACACUUCCAUCGCUUAUAGAUUUAUGUUUAUUCAAUUUAAUUUCAAUAGUUCUAACAGAAAAUAUCAAGUCCUUAUUAUAUUUUUCACUAGUUUAAGUAGUGACUCCAAAUCUUACAACAUUGAUUGACCAUAAAACUCUUACUUCGCUUUGAAUAUUCUUUUGUAUACAACUAAUUUAAACAAGCUAAUUCAUUUUUUUCUCUCUCCUUGGCUCUGACUUUUAUUACCAAUAACAUUUUAAACACUAAACAAAA